AAAAAAAUUAGUAUGGCGACUACUGUUUACGACAAUGGCCCAUCUAAAUUCCAAGUUCAGCCAAGUUUGUCAUGAUUUUCGUAACCGCGUGUAAUUUUGUUAUUUGCCAACGUGCCAUCAAAAAAUCAAAUGUCGUGAUCAUGGUUGGUUAAUCUUUAUAUUUAAUAAAUAAUUACGUGGUGAUAGUGAUAAAAGCAGAAUUUACUAGUGCUCUUCUAAUAAAAUGUCUGGAAAAAUACCCCACGCUUAAUUGACCAAAAAAACCAUUGCUUACUGUUCAUGGAGUGUAAUGUGUAGGUAGUAUAAUUAAUGCAUCAAUUUAACAACGUUCUACAAAAUUCUCACAACACAUUAUUUACUCUCUCAUGAAGGAAUGAGUGCAAAGGUGGAAGAUGGUGGGGGAGGUAGUCUUAGCCAGAGUAUCCCUCGAGGAAGGAAUGCAUCUCCACAUGGAUCACCCACCCCCACAGAUAAAACAACCCUCAAAGUCCAUUUACCAAAUGGUGGAUUUAAUGUGGUUAAAUUUGGUGAUGCGAUCGAUGUCAAAGGUAUAAUUGCACUCGUCACCAGUCGAUUAGCCGUUGGUACUAGACAUUAUAAGAAUCUUUAUGCCAUGAGGCUACAUCAUUCAGCAAGUGGAGAAUGCUACUGGCUCCAUCAAGACACAACAAUGUUUCAAGUUCAAGAAAAAUAUGAACGAAAACAUCCUCACUCGGAAUGGCGAUAUGAAUUGAGGAUUCGCUAUUUACCUCAGAAUCUCAGUGAAUUGUAUGACAAAGAUAGAGUAACAUUCUAUUAUUAUUAUGAUCAGGUUAGAAAUGAUUAUUUAAAUGCCAAUCAUUCAACUCUGGAUCAAGACACUUCGGUACAACUGUGUUGUCUUGAAAUCCGUUACUUCUUCAAAGAUAUGCCACAAGUGGCAUUGGAUAAAAAAAGUAACUUGGAAUACCUUGAACGAGAGGUUGGAUUACACAAGUUUCUUCCACGAUCUGUCCUCAAUGGUGUGAAGCCAAAAGCAUUACGUAAACUAAUACAACAGCAUUUUAAAAAAGUUGCUGCACUUACGGAGCUUGAGUGUAUGUUCAAAUUUUUUGAUCUUCUCAGAGCACACUACAGAUUUGAUCAGGAAAGAUUUGUGUGUGCACUCGGGUCAAGCUGGUCAAUACCUGUAGAGCUUGUUAUUGGGCCGGAUCUAGGAAUAUCGUGUUUGGCACAUGGAGGCGGUACCGUGUCUACAAGAAUAGCUGAAUUUUCACAAAUUCAAUCAAUUCAAACUCUGGUAUCGGAUUGUAAAGAACACUCCAAGGUUUGCAUUAAACUUCGAGUAGCUGGUGCUGCUGAACCUUUGAGUAUUACAUGCUCAAGUCUAGAUCAGGCUGAAAGCCUUGCUGACUUAAUUGAUGGAUAUUGCAGAGUAGCAACAUGUUCCAAUACAUCUUUGUGGAAUCGAAAAGCGGCCCCGUGGAAAAAUUAUCCUUGCCCGUGUAAAGAUGCACAGCCACCAAAAUAUCGUCAAGACGGCACUACUGAUAGUCCAGAAAAAAAUUUCAUUAAAACAGGAACAAUAGUAUUUGAAGAUUAUGCUGAAAUAGUCGAUGAAGAAGGGGAUUACUCUACUCCUGCAGCUCGUGAUUAUGAAAUAGUAAGGAAUCAAGUAGAACUCGGUGAAAUCAUAGGUGAAGGUCAAUUUGGAAACGUCCAUAAAGGUUCCUAUAAAGGAAGAGAUGGACAAAUUGUCGCUGUUGCCGUGAAAACAUGCAAAGUUGAUGCAGAUUUGGCAACUGCUGAAAAAUUUUUGGAAGAAGCUUAUAUAAUGCAACAAUUUGAGCAUCCAUAUAUUAUUCGAUUGAUUGGAGUUUGUUCUGAAGCUCCUAUUUGGCUUGUUAUGGAACUCGCAAGAUUGGGAGAAAUGAGAGCCUAUUUACAAUCUCAUAAGCACCGUCUUGAUCUCGCAACAUUGCUCCUAUACACCUUUCAACUGAGUACGGCAUUGUCUUACUUGGAGUGUAAGAAAUUUGUUCAUAGAGAUAUUGCUGCAAGAAAUGUACUGGUCUCUUCGCAUACGUGUGUUAAAUUAGCUGAUUUUGGAUUGAGCAGAUGGGUAGAGGAUCAGAGUUAUUAUAUUGCUAGUAAAUGCAAGCUACCCAUCAAAUGGAUGGCACCUGAGAGUAUUAAUUUUCGGAGAUUUACGACAUCUUCAGAUGUUUGGAUGUUUGGCGUUUGUAUGUGGGAAAUAUUGAUGCUUGGUGUGAAACCAUUUCAAGGAAUCAAGAAUAACGAAGUUAUACGUAAAUUGGAAAAUGGUGAACGCCUAGCAUUGCCUGAUCAGUGCCCUCCGCGUUUAUACUCAUUGAUGUCGCAGUGCUGGAGUUAUGAACCCAGUAAAAGGCCUACGUUCAAAGAUAUUCGAGAAAAUUUGCAUGAAAUUCUAUUAGAGGAGAAACAUCAGCAGCAGGAAAUUAUGAAAAGGGAGAAUCGAAGAGUUCAAGCAAUGUCUUGGGGAGCUGAUGAUGCUCCACCAAAACCAUCACGUCAACAUCAAUUCCCUGACUCAUCAGUGACAUCAACAUCGACAACAGUAGCAGCAUCGGGAAUAACACCAGUCGGUCCUGUUUCUACUUAUAUUAUAGCCCAAAGUCCGGAAGUUCUUGCUCACUUGAUGAAGGAAAAUCAAGAACGAGGAUUUCCAAGGAGUACGCAGUCACCUGUAUUCCAGAAUCCAAUUUUGGAAAAUCCAAGUUUUAUCGAGGAACAAAAAUUAUUGGAACAGAGAUUAUUUGAACAAGCAAGACAGAGUGAAGAAGAUGGUCGUUGGCUUGCUCGGGAAGAAAAACGGUUGUCUAUCGCAACGAGCGGGGAUGAGAGUGCCAGUCCUCCAAUAUCACGUUCAAUCACAGAAUCACCGACGCAAGAAGCUCCUAGCACAAAUACCUCCUCUUUAAAUUCAGAAAAGAGUGACAAAGUUAUAGUAGUGAAAACACUUGAACCUACUCCAACCGCAGAUUUGGAUAGAUCAAACGACAGGGUUUAUGAUUGUACGACAAAUGUUGUACGAGCAGUUAUGUUUUUAUCACAAGGUGUACAACAAAACAAAGCAGAUCAAUAUUUAGAACUGGUUCGAAAAGUUGGGCUCGAGCUCCGGUCUCUAUUGUCAUCAGUUGAUGGAUUGGUCGAAAUAUUACCAGUCAAUGCACACAGAGAAGUUGAGAUGGCUCAUAAGGUUCUCUCUAAAGAUAUGGCUGACUUAGUGGCUGCCAUGAAAUUAGCCCAAACAUAUAGUUCAACAACACUCGACGCUGAGUAUCGUAGGGGGAUGCUCGCUGCUGCUCAUGUUUUGGCUAUGGAUGGGAAAAAUCUGCUUGAUGUUAUCGAUUCGAUAAGGGUUCGUUAUCCUCAAAUCAAUAAUCAAAUUUGCGAAAAGUAUCGCAAUAAUUUUGAGUGUGGAUUAUCUCGUCAGUCUUUGCCGGAAAAUAGAUUGCAUUCAAGCUAUUCUGGAGAUUAUUUGUUGAGGAGGAGUCAAUCAAUUGAGAGAUCAGAUAUUCCUUUUAAGCAAAGCCAAAGUGGAGAAGUUCUUCAUAGACUAGGACAAUCAAUAGAUAGGGUACUACUCCCUUACAGUCCAUCGGAUGUGGGUAUAAUAACUAAUAAUUCAAAUGCGGAAAAAGGUCAUAGAAUGCUGACAAAUAGUCUCGAGAGGAAUACUAAUUUCAGAAGGCAGUUGAUUUCAACAAACAGUUUGGAAAGAAAAAAACCAAUUAUUACGUGUUCCAGUUCAUUUCAAAAUUCAAUCAGUUCACCUUUAUCACCUUUGCAAAUGGCUCAAUCUGUUACCCAUCAGUCGUUAGAUUCUUGUCCGGUGGUACAGAUGUUGGGAGACGAUUGUACAAGUGAAAAAUUCAGAGGGGAAAAUAUUACAAAGAGUUAACUGAAAUUAUAUCAGAAUCGAAAAUAUAAAUUGCUGAGCACGCUGAUAGGUCAUUAAAAUUGAAUAUUUUUUUUGGUUUGGAGGCACACAACA